AUGUCUAAGAGUAUCAACGUUUAUUCGACUUCAGAAGCACAGAAAGCGCUCGAUGAAUUGCUGCCUUCUGUGUUCGCUAGGCUAGGGUACCGCGAAGACCACACAGCUCUGGAUAUCAAGCUUGCGCUUGGCUACACAAUGGCCGCAAUUGCGGUCGGAAGUUUCCUGCUGGACAAGAAAUUCGAGAAGAAAGAGAUUAUGCACUACCAAUUGAUCCUCACCGUUUUGUAUUUUGCUCUCUCGUUGGUGUACUGGGUCUACCAGAAGACUGUGAACAAGAACGCCAUCUACCACGGCAAAAAGACCUCUGGUGAGAACAUCAAGGUUAUAACGUCAAUCGGCAAGACUGAUCCUAACUACAAGGUAACCGUUAUUAGAAAUAAUAAGAACAAAGAGCUGGAGUUGGUGCUUCCUAUAACUGAAGUGUUUACUGAAAAGGGUUUCUUGCAAGGCGAUCUUGUAUAUAACUGGUUUAGCAAGCACCUAUCAGAAAAGGAUGAAUGA